AUGAAUAAAAGUCGUAUGAAUUGGGCAGAGAGAUUGGAUGAUGCGCUAUGGGCAUAUAGAACAGCCUUCAAAACUCCAAUAGGAAUGUCCCCAUAUAGACUUGUGUAUGGAAAAGCCUGCCAUCUACCUCUGGAACUUGAGCAAUGCGAGAAGCACGCUGAACGAUUGCUCGAUUUGACUGAGUUUCGAUACCUUGCAUAUGAAAGUAUGAAACUCUAUAAGGAAAGGAUGAAAUUCUAUCAUGACAGGAAGUUGAAGAAGAAAGAAUUUACUGAGGGAUCCAAGGUUCUGUUAUACGAUACUAGGCUUCACUUAUUCCCAGGGAAAUUGAGAUCACGGUGGACUGGGCCAUAUAUAGUCAGACAAGUUCUGCCAAGUGGAGCCAUAAGAAUCAGUAAUGUGGACAACCCCAGGGAAAGCGAUUCCUUCAUUGUCAAUGGAGCGAGACUGAAACCAUAUAUUGAAUGGCCUAUUUUGCAGCGGGCCAAUGCAGAUAUUAAUCUGGUGGAGGUGCAGAAACGCGCUCGGUGA